AUGCAUCGUCAUCAUCCCUUAUUGCAAAACGAUGAGCUAUAUUCUCAAUAUCAUAGUCUGAUAAAAUCCUUUAUCCUAGGAAUUCAACAGGAAGUUCAUCCGAUUAAGAAAUUUCUUGGUGACCGAAAAAAAGAAGUUAUCAAAGAAAUUAGUAUAGAAAGAGAACCCAGUAAACACACCACGUUAGAAUUCACGCGAACGUACUUCAACGAAACGAUAAAGGAGCUCCAAAAUAUAGAACAAGCAUGCGAGGAUUGUCUUGGACGUAUAAACAUAGAUUUACUGACGGCAACGAAGAGUCGCAUGCAACCACCGUCUUACUUACACCCGGAAGAGUUGCGAAUGGCUUACGAAAUAAGCUGCAGCGCGUUCAGGCAAACGGAAGACGAGACUUCGUGCCACUGCACCUGGGAGAACAAACCGACGUGGGAUCUCGACGACAUUCAAGACAUCCUAAUUAAACCAGCUAAAAUGAUACGCACGGAAUACGACGAGUACGACAUAAAAUUCGUGGAGGAUAUCAUUUACCUCAGGACGAAAAUGUUCUCCUUACCGAGAAAACGAAUCGACUUGUAGGUCGCCCGAUACUCGUUCGUUAUCCUCUUUUCUUUGCGAUCGGAGAAUGACUUGCAACCAAAAGUACAAGUACACAUUCAAUUAUCAUUGCGCACAUCGGAAUUCCUCGCAAUCCUUGCAGAAAGGGAUCAGCCGAUGGUUUUCAAUCCAGAGAAUGAAUUAUCCAAAAUAUCUACUUUGAGAUUCAUCGAUGGGAACUUCAUCAGCUGCGAGAUUUGGAUGAAGCUUCUGGACCUUCACGGGAACCAGUACGGAUCGAAGUGGUAUUUGGUGCUGCGUCCGCAGAUCGAAAAAAUUUUAAAAAAACGCUUGGUACCAAUGCUACACUUGAAUCCACGUGUUACAUACGAUUUUAUCUCGACGAUCACGAAGUAUUCGAAUUUUAUAUUAAUGAAAGCGGACUUAAUUAAUAUGUUGAGUGAUAAAUCCGAAGCUGUCUGGUUACGUACUUGGGAGUUACAGUUUCAAAUGGCGGAAGGGAAGGAAAUAGCUGCGACGAUUAUACAAGCCACUUGGCGUGGCUAUUGGAUGCGCAGGAGGAUAGCGCACUCGGGGCGUAUGUACAUAGCUGCCAGUCUUCUAUGGUGCGCUUGGCUCGGGUUGAAAGAGAAGACAGAAAUGCAUAAGCGUUAUCUAAAGAAAAUGUUGAUUUCGUUGCAAACCACUCGAGACCUUACUUCAAAGCUCAGCCGAGAAUACGAUUCGUUAAUUCGUCAGCCGCACGUGGUAAUUCAUCUGCCGUCCAUCGGUUUUUCGACGGACAUACGUCGAAUGUUGAAUCCGAAAAUGUUCAGCAUCUACCAGAACAUCACGAUCUUUCGAAUGUGCUUCGUGGGCAAUCCGUACGCCGAGGUGAUCUAUAUUUUGCCCGUGAACCCUACUCGGGAUUUGCUAUUGAUGUACAGCGACUUCAUCGAGUCGAUGUCUCCCCAUGAGAACGUCGCGAAGCGGAUCACAUUUAUAGCCCUCUCGCAAGCGGAAACGUUUAAAAAUCGCACCCUGAACGUGUCUAGGAUCCUCCAUUGUUCCGAGGACUCCCUCACCGAAAUCAAGAAGAAGAUCAAGGGCAAGAAGGCUUACUUCCUGCCGUGCAUCGUCGACGAAUGCGACAUGAGAUUGGCCGCUAAUCUCAGAGUUCCCCUGUUAGCCUCUGACAUGGAGUUGCAACGAGAUUUCGUGAACGUCUCGAACAUGUCCGAACUGAUCGAGACUCUCGGCCUGUUGCAGCCACCGCAUAAAAGGAACAUAACCGAUUUUGAUACACUAUGUUCAUCUCUGGCUGAAUUAAUGGUCCUCCACACCGAGGUCAGCGUUUGGAUGUUCAAAGUUAACUACGGAGUGGUCCAGAAAUUCAAUGGGACUUUUCUGAUAAAUCAUAUAAGCAUCCCGUUUAUGCCGAUACUGCGGCGGGAGCGAGAGCGGUACGGAGACGAUUGGCUCGUGCAGUCUGAUUUGAGGAAAGAGUUCGUUGAAAGAAUGAAAGAACAUCUACCGAAAGUUAUACCGAAUCUGACUCGAUUGUCAAAAAUUUUUAAAUCUUGGAAACAAUUCUAUGGAUUCAUUCAGAAAUACGGCUGCCUGCUACAGGCUGUUCCAGUGGAGGACAAUCCUAAGACCAUCUUAGCUUCGAUGUUCGUUCCGGGGAAGGCAAGUCACAAAGAACCAAGAUGGUUGGGAACCGCGGAUAAAAUCAAUCUAGAGACUACAUAUUCGACGAUAAUUUAUAUGUUGCCGCAAACCUCGUUCGAUAUCAAACGGAUACAGCCGACUGUAAAUAAAAUGGCCAAAGGUCUGCAAGAUAGGGGCUAUUUCGGUUAUUUAGCGGUCGAUUGCUAUUGCUACUUAGAAAAGCGGAACGAGAAAUUGAUGAUACUGCUGUUGAAUGUGAAUCCUCAUUAUAAUUUCUCGCAAAGUUACGUCGACUGGAUGCAGUUUGCAAUUGGAGGAAUGUACAGCUGGCAGAAGGAUCAAUUUCUGGCCGAUAUUUCGACGCUGGAAAUGGAUAGAAAGAAAUCGUCUUUUUUAUUCGCUCAUAAGAAUCCAGAUUGGAACGAGACUGCAGAAAGAUAUGCAGUGGCUAUUACUCAGUUGCAUCACAGUAAAUUUUCCUCUUUUCGCUGGUCUAGUCUACGAGAAAUAUUUGAAAAAUGCGAUAUUGUAUACGACAAAGAGAAGCGGCAAGGGUCGAGCAUAGUUCUGCACGAUGGUGAAAUUAGGAAAUUCGGUACAAUGGUAGCUGUUACUUCAAACAUGACCACCACGUUAUCUAUGGUACACAAAGGUCUGUCUAAAUUGCACAAAAUUCUGAUGAAUAAAGCGAAAAGGAAGACGGAGACGAAUUUACCGGCUCUUAUAGAUCUAUUUUCGAAACUUUCGCUCGAUUAUAAGAAUUUAUCCGCCGACAAAUGUAUACCGUAUUAUUAA